AUGUUUCCUCUCUUCCAGGGGGAAGGCUUUAAAAGAGCUGGUUCUGGUUUGGGGGUUAGUUUCAACAGCACCAUGAUGUCGGAAAAACAAGUGCUUGUAGGGGCUGCUCUUUUUCUUGUUGCCCUCAUUUCACAUGGUGAGGGUAUAAUCGGUGGCAGAGAGGCAUCGCCACACUCUCGACCCUACAUGGCCUCCAUCCAGGUACCAGAGGGAGACGCACUUAAGCAUGAAUGCGGAGGAUUUGUGAUUGCAGACCAGUGGGUAAUGACUGCAGUACACUGUAUGCCAAAUGGCGCAAAUGGAAGGAAGGUAGUGCUGGGUGCCCAUUCUCUGAGUGAAGCUGAAGAUACAAAGCAAACCUUUGAGAUUUUGGAGCUACACAAUCAUCCUGACUUCAACAUAGCAAAUUAUGAUCAUGACAUUGCUUUAAUUAAGCUGGAUCAACCAGUCAAUACAUCCGAUGCCGUUAGAGCCGUGGAAUUCCUGCGAACUGGAGGCACGAAUCCCGACAUGGGUGCAGUGGUCGAAACAGCUGGCUGGGGAUCACUAGACAAUUUGGGGUCAAGGCCAGAUAAGCUCAAAGAGGUGGCCAUUGAGGUGAUCAGCCCGGGUAAAUGCAGACGCUCUGACUUCUUUGGAAGAAAGUUUACCAAUAACAUGAUAUGUGCCCAUAAAGUGUGUAGAGACGACUGUGGUCACUCUCAUGGAAUGGAAGACAGCUGUGAUGGUGACUCCGGUGGUCCUCUCCUUUACAAUGGCAUUGCUGUUGGUAUCACCUCCAAUGGGGGGAAAAAGUGUGGCCAAAUUAAAAAGCCUGGGAUUUACGCUAUCAUCUCCCAUUACACUGAGUGGAUAGACCAAACCAUGGGCAUUCAGCCAGCUGCAGCUGCAGACGAAACAAGUUAAAGGGAUGAUGGAAGCUUUGCAAUCAAGUUGCAGUGUUAGCCUUCUUUGUUUAAACCACAAGGCUUUUUUUUAUUGAGUUAUGGAUUAUGACUCUCUAUUACUUUACACAUACUGCAACCUCAUCCAUGAUCCAAUUUAUUUCACCACUGUAUCUCACACUUUUUUAAUCAAAGAAUAAAGUACAAGUUUAGUCAC